GUUGUCACAAAUUUUGGCAGGAGGUGGAAGGUGUAGCUGAAGUAGACCUCACGUGCCCGCCCUGCGUCGGACCGUCCCGUCUUCAGCGCACUGCGUCAUGGCGACAGAGGCGAGAAAGUUACGCGUUUCCUAAUCGGAAUUUAUGGAAUAUCACUCUGGCAGUCAACACAUAGUCUGUUAUGGUGGAUUACAGUGUUUCAGGUGUAACUGAAGACCUACUCUCAGAGAGAGCUGGCCCUUUUAAAAUGGAGAAGCUGUCUCUGAUGGCCUUGCUGGAGUGUCCUCUGUGUUUUGAGCAGCUGGAUGGAUCAGCCAAGGUCCUGCCCUGCCAGCACACUUUCUGUAUGUCCUGUCUGCAGAGGCAGGAGACAGCCCACUCCCAGCUGUUCUGCCCAGAGUGUCACACUCCUGUCCCCGCCAGGACGGUGGAGGAACUUCCUGCGAACAUCCUGUUAAUGCGGCUCCUGGAGGGGCUCCAGGGUUCAGUGGGGCCCAGCAGCAGCAGACAGACAGCUCGCUACUCAGUGCCCUUGGCCAGGGGCAGCAUCACAUUCAGGGAAGGUCAACAGCAGCAGCAGCAGUGGGAGAGUCAACCCAGAGAGAGAAAGAAGCAAGGCCACUAUGAGCUUGCUCUCCGAGCUCCCAUGCAUUACCAGCAAGGCGAAUCAUCAGGAGAGCUGGUGCUCACACCUGCUAAUAGCAUCGCUCUGAAACCCAAAGUGAAUGUGGAUGGGCUACGCGGAAACGCCUCCGACAGCAGCGGUGUGGCUGCCGCCGCCAACACGCUGCAGGCUGUCAGCCAGGUGCCUCAGGUGCAGCCCCUCCAGCACUCCCAACCUCCGGCUCUCUGCAGGGCUCUGUACAACUUUAUCCCUGAAGAGAUGAAUCUGGAAGACAGUAGAUGUUGUCUGAGCUUCCUCAAGGGAGACAUACUUACUGUCAUCAGACGGGUGGAUGAGGACUGGAUCGAAGCCAAGCUAGGGGAGAAAGUUGGAGUUUGCCCUCUGCAGUUUACAGAGCCAAACUCAGUGGCUGCCAAACUGCUAGAGGGAAAGAAUCGGAGGGGGAGUGACUCAGCAGAAUCUCACCAUCGGACUGGGAGCGGGGUUAAAGACAAGGCCACUGACGUCUCCAAUAGGACCACCCAUUACGGAGUCCCUCAAGUCGCAGCAAAGACACCCAUGAUCAAUGCUUUGCCCCUCUCUAACCAACGGAAACAGUCCGCAGCCAGCAGCGCCAACUUUUAUCAGACUACCAAAGGAGAGACGACUAACAUCAGCACCUUCAACAGCUUCAACCGUCAGGGUCAGUCACACCGCCUUUCUGUGCCUCCCGCUGCCCGGGGCCUGUCUCACCCCUCCAGAGUGAACUCUCAGCGAAUCAAACGCCACUCUGACACUACACACAGACAACUGUUACAGAGUGAGAAGAAGAUGACGAGCGAGACUCCACCGACCAUCUCUAUGGCCCUGGUGAACCCCCAAAUGUCCUCUGCCUCUGCAGACGGAAAAAACUCCUCCACACAGCAGCUCUCCAUCAGCGUGUGUGCUGUCCUGUACUCCUACAAACCUCGACGGCCAGAGGAGCUGGAGCUGAGGAAAGGAGAGAUGGUGGGAGUGUAUGGAAAGUUCAAAGAAGGCUGGCUGCGUGGGUUAUCUUUGAGAACAGGCAAAGUUGGCAUUUUGCCCAGCAACUACAUCUCGCCUGUGCUCAGAACCUCAGCCAGACUCCUGGAGACCAAAGCCACUAAUGCGUCCUCACAAUACAACACAGUAACUGGAAAGAAGCCCACAGCUGCCAAGAAUCCUGCUGUGGUCCUUGCUCUUGAUAGGGUAAACGCUGAUGGAACGAUAUACUCAACAGGACAGGUCCCAUCUGUGCCAAAUGGAGCACAGCAUGCAUUGUCAUCCACUGGCGCUGGAAAACUAUCCCUUUAUGGAUGCACACAAGGUUGGGACACUGUGAGACGCAUCUUUAACCCUCAUAGAGGCUCAAACCGUACGUCCAAUUUGAACAUCCCUUCCAACUCGAAGCAUUUUGCACAAGUGCAGGCGUCUGGGUACUCACCUGCCCUGCAGAGGAAGAAAAACAGCAGCAGCAACUCUGGCAGGCCACUGGGCUGGAUGACUGAGCCACCAGCGCCCUCUGCUGCUGCAGUCUUUAAGGACAGGGACUUCUUUGCUUCACAUGAGGCAACAUUUCAGCCCGACAGACAGCCUUUCAAUAGGCCUCAGUCAAUUCUAGUCAAACCUGACUCACAUAGGAACAACAUAGACAAGCCUGCAAAGUCAGUGCGGUUCCUCACAGAUGAAGACUCCCCUCCUCCAAGACCUCGGACAUCCUCCUGGUCGUCAAUAAAUCAGGUUCCCCCCAACUGCGGCCCUGGCCCCCCUUCGUUGGAAGUGUGGGCCCCGUCGCUCACUCUGGGAAGAGAUGGACCAGGAAUCAUUCUCAAAGAGGGAAAAGUUCCUGUUCUCAGGAAAGGCCUCGAAACAACCACUUCAGAUCUAAAUUCUAAUCCUCAAAAGCCAAUACUGUUGCAGCCGUCUCUAUCAGCUGUGUCAGCUCAGUUCAGCCCGAUCAGACACAGAGUAACCACGACGCAUUUAGCCCAGAUGGACUCUGAGCUCAGUCUGCUUCAGGGAGAAGUUGUCCUUGUCCACAAACCUCGACCUGAUGGACGCAUUCUGGUUACUCAGGAGAGCAGUGGGCAGACAGGCCUAUUCCACUCCAGCGUUCUUCAGGCCCUUGAGAGGCUCAGCUGACUGUAUAGUACUACUGUAAUACUGUAUAUCUCUAUAUUCCGUGUGUUCAAACUGCCAAAAGACUUGACUGACCUGCUGAACAACAAGAUGAGCGUCGAUGUCCAAAGGUUAAUACUGCCAUAUGACAAUCCAGUGAGGGAGGUGUUUAUUUUCAUCCUGAGUGCAUAUGAGAGUGUGCUUAAAUUCUCCAGUAAUAUAAUGUGUGUCCUCGGUGUAUAUGGAUGUUUGUUACACAUGUACUAUUACAAGAUUUUGCACAAAAACCCAUCUAAUGACUGUUCCUUGUUUAAUACCCAUGUUACACGCAUUGGUUAGUGCCUUUGUCAAAACCCACAAAGACCAACUAUAUUUAAAUAUAUAUA